AUGGACCCACCACCCACCCCAGACCACCCAUCCAAUCAACUCAACAGCUUACAAAAGAUGAACUCAGAAACUCUCCGUCUCGUCUACGAGCACAAGGCAAAUGGACGCAACAUGGUGCCCGACGGCAUCUGCUUCAUGUCAGACUACGACCUAGUCCUCAUCCUCUCGCAGCGUAAGUACCAUGUUCCCAAGUCUUCUGUUCACCGACUGACCAGUCUGCAGAUGAGGACAUCCGUAUGGGAAGCAAAAAAAAUCAAGCCUGGAAGCACCACUAUCGAGAUCUGGAAGGCCGACCUUAUGACCGAGAAGGAGAAGGUCGCCGCUGCGAAGGUACAGAAGUCGAAGGACGAGAGCGAGGAGGUGGCUUGGCCGGUAUUCCUCGGUUACGCCUUCGAGGGUCAUUGUCUCGAAGAGCUCACGAUUCUGGUGCCGGAAGUCGUUGCCAAGGGUGGCAAGGAGGCUGCGAAGAAGUGA